AUGAACGAGAUUGGUUCUGCAAGAGAAAAACCAUGGAACAUAUAUACAAGUUCAGACUCAAGCCCGUCUCAAGCAGGAAUUGAUCGGCAAGUGCAAUGGAAAAGCUCUGGAACAUCCAUGAAUGCCAUUUCUUUUGGAUUUGUUGCCACAGCUAUCUUGAUAUCUAUGUUUCUUAUCAUGGCCAUCUUUGAACAUUUGUUCAAGCCAAGUCCUUCCUUUUCCACACCUGAAGGCGCAACUCAUGGUUCUCUAGAGUCUGGCACUUUUAAGAAGCAUGGAAUUCCACAAACUGUUUCGACAUCUUAUGCGCCUGAUUUCUCAGUAUUGAUGCCAGGACAGCAGUAUCCUACCUACCUUGCCCAGCCUGCUCCUCUCCCCUCCUGCUCUAGGGAAGGGAUUUAUUGGCCUUCCCAUGAACAUAAAUUGGUACUUCCUUAG